GAAUUUCGCCUGAAGUUCCAACAAGUUCGAGAAGCUCUAAUGCUCCUGUCUGCAGUAGCCCAUGUAGACCAAAGCGGUUGGAAAUAUUUGCUAUCGAAGCACUGUGGGGUAAGUCUUGGGAAAGAAGGAGGGGAGAAAUUGGAAGAAGAAAUUCCAGCUCGAUUUCUAGUGCUGAUGAACUUGGCGGAGCGAAAACGAGGAGAAAAUGACGAUGUUGACUCUGACAUCGUGGACUUUUGCUGUAUUCGACAACAAAAAAUUAAAAGUGAAGAUUUUCUUGCUGCUCUAAGGAAAAUCACUACUUUUGGUCGUUCCCUGCAUGGUAAUAAGCUUGGAGAGGAGGUUAAGAUCCCUGUACGAGUGCUGUAUCAAGCUAGACAGCCCUUUUCGGCAAUUGGAGACCGGCCUGUGGAAGAACUUGCCAUGGCUGCACGCGCAGAGAGGGUGAUUAAAGAGCGUUUGGAGCUUUUAG